AUGUCUCUGACCAUUAAACUCCACGUUACCACCUCCUACCUCAAUCUCAACCUCAACACUUCCAAAAACACUACCAAAGUCGCAAACUUUAAGGUUAAGCUUCGAACCAAACCCAUUUACCAUUGCGACCCGUUACUCUCCGUCGUCUCCAACAAUUCCGCAAUGCAUGCUUCUGCUCAACCGGGUCAACCCGCCAUCAGGAGCUCGCUGAUUGACCCGGACGGCGGGGCUCUGGUUGAUCUUGUGGUGCCGGAGAGCAAGAAAGCCUCCAAGGCCUUGGAGGCAGAGUCACUGCCCAAGGUGAAUCUUACAAAGGUUGAUCUUGAGUGGGUCCACGUCAUCAGCGAGGGAUGGGCCAGCCCAUUGAGAGGGUUCAUGAGGGAGGACCAGUACUUGCAGAGCUUGCACUUCAAUUCCUUGAGAUCCCAAGAUGGGUCUGUGGUCAAUAUGUCGCUUCCCAUUGUGUUGGCUAUUGACGACGAGACUAAGGAGAGAAUUGGGUCGUCGCCUAAUGUGGGGUUGCUUGGACCUAAUGGAGAUUUAAUUGGUAUACUAAGCAGCAUUGAGAUUUACAAGCAUAACAAAGAAGAAAGGAUUGCUAGAACUUGGGGGUCAACCGCUCCGGGACUGCCAUAUGUUGAGGAGGCCAUCACACCAGCUGGAAACUGGCUUAUUGGCGGCGAUUUGGAAGUAUUAGAGCAUAUCAAAUAUAACGAUGGGCUUGAUCGCUACAGACUCUCUCCUCAACAGCUCCGCAAAGAAUUUGAUAGGCGUCAGGCUGAUGCCGUUUUUGCUUUUCAGCUGAGAAAUCCUGUACAUAACGGCCAUGCUUUGUUGAUGAACGAUACACGCAGGCGACUCUUGGAAAUGGGCUACAAGAAUCCAAUUCUUUUGCUUCAUCCUUUAGGAGGUUUCACAAAGCCUGAUGAUGUGCCCUUGGAUGUUCGGAUGGAGCAACAUAGCAAGGUCCUAGAAGAUGGAGUUCUUGACCCUGAAACUACCAUUGUGGGUAUAUUCCCAUCACCUAUGCACUAUGCAGGCCCAACUGAGGUACAGUGGCAUGCCAAAGCACGGAUAAAUGCAGGCGCAAAUUUCUACAUUGUGGGCCGUGAUCCUGCCGGUAUGGGACACCCAACAGAGGAGAGGGAUUUAUAUGACCCUGACCAUGGGAAAAAGGUGUUAAGCAUGGCUCCCGGGCUCGAGAAGCUCAAUAUUUUGCCUUUCAGGGUGGCAGCUUAUGACAAUGUGGAGAAAAAGAUGGCAUUUUUUGAUCCUUCGCGUGCUAAAGAUUUCCUCUUCAUCUCUGGAACCAAGAUGAGAGCUUUUGCAAAGAGCGGAGAAAGCCCUCCUGAUGGUUUUAUGUGUCCCGGGGGAUGGAAGGUCCUCGUCAACUAUUAUGAGAGCUUGCAAACAGAGGAGGCAUCAGAGCAACAAGCCGUUUUGUCUACUUAG